AUGUCCGACGUUACCGCAGACGGAUUCAAUGCCUCCGCUCUUUUCAAGCAGUUGAGUGAAGGCUUGCAGGACGAGUCUAUCAAGAAGAAGGCCAUUGGUGGCGUCAAGGCUGUGAUUGUGAUCACUUUGAAAAACAAGGAGGGUAAGGACCAAUCGUGGUUGUUGGAUUUGAAAGACAGCGGCAAGGUUGAAAAGCUUGACAAGGUUCCAAAGAACGACGUGCAAUUGUUGUUGAAGGAUGCUGACUUUGUCAAGUUGGCCAACGGAAAGGCCAACGGCCAGAAGUUGUUUAUGAAUGGCAAGUUGAAGAUUAAGGGCAACAUGAUGAAGGCCACUGCCAUUGAGUCUGUGUUCAAGACCAUUGACCCUAGACCUAAGUUGUAA